GGGCGACGGCGGCGGCGGCGGAGUGGGGGCCAGCGACUGCAGCCCGGGGGACGCGGGAGGAUGGAGCAAGUGGAGAUCCUGAGGAAAUUCAUCCAGAGGGUCCAGGCCAUGAAGAGUCCCGAUCACAAUGGAGAAGACAACUUCGCCCGGGACUUCAUGCGAUUAAGAAGAUUAUCUACCAAAUAUAGAACAGAAAAGAUUUACCCCACAGCCACUGGAGAAAAAGAAGAAAAUGUUAAAAAGAACAGAUAUAAGGACAUACUACCAUUUGAUCAUAGCCGAGUUAAGUUGACAUUAAAAACUCCUUCUCAAGACUCAGACUACAUCAAUGCAAAUUUCAUUAAGGGCGUCUAUGGGCCAAAAGCGUAUGUGGCAACCCAAGGACCUUUAGCAAAUACAGUAAUAGACUUUUGGAGGAUGAUAUGGGAGUACAAUGUUGUGAUCAUUGUAAUGGCCUGUCGAGAAUUUGAGAUGGGAAGGAAAAAAUGUGAACGCUAUUGGCCCUUGUAUGGAGAUGACCCUAUCACCUUUGCACCGUUUAAAAUUUCUUGUGAAGAUGAACAAGCCAGAACAGACUAUUUCAUCAGGACACUGUUACUUGAAUUUCAGAAUGAGUCUCGGAGGCUGUAUCAGUUUCAUUAUGUAAACUGGCCAGACCAUGAUGUCCCUUCGUCGUUUGAUUCUAUUCUAGACAUGAUAAGCUUAAUGAGGAAAUAUCAGGAACAUGAAGAUGUGCCCAUUUGUAUUCAUUGCAGUGCAGGCUGUGGAAGAACAGGUGCGAUUUGUGCCAUAGAUUACACAUGGAAUUUACUCAAAGCUGGGAAAAUACCAGAGGAGUUUAAUGUAUUUAAUUUAAUCCAAGAAAUGCGGACACAGAGGCAUUCAGCAGUGCAAACAAAGGAGCAAUAUGAGCUUGUUCAUAGAGCCAUCGCUCAACUGUUUGAAAAACAGCUACAACUGUAUGAAAUUCAUGAAGCCCAGAGACCUGCGGAUGGGCUGAAUGAAGUUAACACUGAAAAUACGGUCAGCUCUAUAGAUCCUGAGAAACAAGACUCCCCUCCUCCAAAGCCACCUAGGACUCGCAGUUGCCUUGUGGAAGGGGAUGCUAAAGAAGAAAUCCUGCAGCCCCCGGAACCUCACCCGGUGCCCCCCAUCUUGACACCUUCUCCCCCCUCGGCCUUCCCGACAGUCACUACCGUGUGGCAGGACACAGACAGGUACCAUCCCAAACCCGUGUUGCACAUGGUGCCAUCCGAGCAGCAGCCAGCAGACCUCAACAGGAACUACGGCAAACCGGCCGACCUUCCAGGGAAAAACGAAGCCGCGCUUGAACAGACGGACAGGAAGUUGGAGCGAAACUUGAGUUUUGAGAUUAAAAAGGUCCCUCUCCAAGAGGGACCAAAAAGUUUCGAUGGAAACACACUCUUGAACAGGGCACAUGCGAUUAAAGUGAAAUCUGCUUCCGCUUGUAUCGCUGACAAAGUUCCCAGACCGACAGAAUUAAGUUCAGGGGAUCUAAAAGCUCAUGAUGUCGCUCAGAAUUCCUGUGCGGACUGCAGCGCUGCACAGUCCAACCGAGCACCUGUUACUCCACCCGGAGAAUCACCGAAGAAUUCAGACACGCCCCCAAGGCCGGCCCACUUACCCCUGGAAGAGAAAGGACAUGCCCUGUGGUCACUUCAUGGGCCUGAGAAUGCCCUGCCCGUCCCUACUGUCGCUGAAGACAAACCCUCGGAUGUCCACUGUCAGCCUAGGAAAACUGUGAGUUUAGCAGCCACCCCCACGGCCCAGGCGGAAGUUCAGGACCUUGUGGGUCAUCACAACAGUUCACCUCUCCUCAGAACGCCCCUCAGCUUUACCAACCCGCUGCACUCCGACGACUCAGACUCGGACGAGAGGAACUCUGACGGUGCCGUGGCCAAAAACACAACCAGUAUUUCAACAGCGAGUGCCACCGUGUCGGCUGCCACCAGUACUGAAAGCAUUUCUACUCGGAAAGUGUUGCCAAUGUCCAUUGCUAGGCAUGAUGUAGCAGGAACGGUGCGUUCAGGUGCCGCAAAAGAUAUUGAUGGUAGUGAAGAAUCGCCCCCUCCCCUACCUGAAAGAACUCCUGAGUCUUUCGUGUUAGCAAGUGGACAGAAUACACCCACAAGAACUGAAUGGAGUGAGACUGAGAAUGAGCAGUGCGAACAAAGCCGGCCUGAGGUCUUGGUAACUUCUGGAAACGAAAAAUGUGAUCACCUAGCAGGAAGUGUUCCCUCCGAGUCUUGUACGGAAUGCCCACCUGUUAGCGGUGACAAGCAAGAUCAGCUGUCAGAAAGUCCGGCAGAAGCCACAGAGAUUGGUUUUGGUAAUCGCUGUGGAAGACCUAGAGGACCCAGAGAGCCGCCUUCGGAAUGGACAUGA